CCAAUCUAACCCCGAAUUCAGGCCGAGCAAAUUCUAUGCGAUGGACCUUCAGCUCUCUUAUUCCUCCGGCGAACUCCCGGAAGAUUUCAACUCCAUCUUUCUUAAUAUCAACUCCCUUCUCCUCUGCUCCCAUCCGAAGCCCUAUUUCAACACAGCUCCCACUAAGAGAAGAGAGCCCACCCCCAAUUUCUUCUCCUCCUCCCUGAAAUUCAGCCCCCAAUGGCUUCAACUCCGUUCCUCCACCUCCUUUCCUCCUUCUCGUUCCCUCCACAGCUCCCUCUCCGUCUUGGAACGCGCCUUCAUCGGUGCUUCCGCCGGUGCUAUCGCCGGUGCGUUCACCUACGUUUGCCUGCUCCCGAUCGACACCAUCAAGACCAAACUCCAGACUCGCGGCGCUGCUCAGAUAUACUCCGGCGCCCUCGAUGCAGCUUUCCAGACCUUUCGCACCCACGGUCUCCUCGGCUUCUACCGUGGAGUCUCCGCUGUUCUCGUCGGCUCUGCUUCGUCCUCGGCUGUCUAUUUUGGUACCUGCGAGUUCGGCAAAUCCUUUCUCUCCAAAUUCUCUUUCUAUCCCCUCCUUCUCAUCCCGCCGACCGCCGGCGCCAUGGGCAACAUAGUCUCCUCUGCCAUCAUGGUCCCCAAGGAGCUUAUCACCCAACGAAUGCAGACUGGCGCAGCUGGCCGAUCUUGGGAGGUUCUUCUUAGGAUCCUUGAGAAAGAUGGCAUUAUGGGGCUGUACACUGGCUACUCUGCCACUUUGCUACGCAAUCUCCCCGCUGGGAUUUUGAGUUACUCAUCGUUUGAGUACUUGAAGGGCUUCGUGUUGAGGACGACGGGAAAUGCGUAUCUUGAGCCAGCACAGAGUGUUGUUUGCGGUGCAUUAGCUGGGGGGAUAUCUGCAUCGCUGACCACUCCUCUUGAUGUGCUGAAGACGAGGUUGAUGACUCAGACUCAUGGGGAGGCUACGAAGAAGAUAUCGGAGACACUAAGGCAGAUAUUGAUGGAGGAAGGGUGGGCGGGGCUGGCAAGGGGAAUCGGACCUAGGGUUCUUCACAGCGCAUGCUUUUCCGCAAUUGGAUACUUUGCCUUCGAGACUGCGAGACUUGCUAUACUGCAUCAGUAUGUGCAGCAUAAGGAGAAGCCUGUUGUUGAUGAUGUGGUGGAUUAAGAUCCCAAAUCGCAUCAUUAUUCUAUAAGGCCUCAUGGACUCGUGGUCUUGGAAUGCCCAUUUUCUUCAACAGUUAAGUUGCUGAGGUGAUCUGUUGACCUCAUCUGUCAAUGUGCUAGCUGUAAUUUAUCAGCUGCCGGAGCGAUCUGCCUAGCUCUCAAUGACAUAUGUUCAUGUUUAUUUAUGAGCCGCUCGACGUCCAUUUCAAUGUCAUUUGAUUGG